CAAUAUGGAUUUUAUCUGGAAUUCUUGACUCUGAUAAAUUCUGAUGUCAAAAGUUAAUCUGAUGUGUAUAUGCACUUUGUAGGCUAUAUUCCAAAGAUUGAUUUCCCAUUUUAUAUAGACCACAUAUAGACCACAUUUGUAGUUUAUUCCAUCACACUUUUAGAAAACAUCACCUGCGCUGUGGAACUGGGAACAUUCGCCUCUGCUGCUCGGAGUGGUCCAGAAACGGGACGUGCAAGGCUACAGGGCGGCUAUUAGGUAGAGCCAAGGAAGAACGCCACACAGCCACACCUGAAAUAGCCCGCUGCUCUCACAGGAGACGCUUGUUUGACUAGCAGCAAUAAGAAGAAGCAACUUCGAGAUUUUUUUUCUUCUUCAUGUGUUCAUUUCUUGUUGCUUAGCUAGUUACGUGGUUCCUCCCAGGUCGCUUACGAGGUGCAAUCAUUCGCAACUGGACGGUGUCAAAAUCACCUCGCCGCACAGCUGGAAAAGUUAUACGUGAGCAGACCCCGGGUGUAGUGACAGAAGAUGCUUCCUGCGCUGAUCUGUGCCCUGGUCUCUCUGAGCUUGGCCGACAACUUUGACACGGCAUACCCUGAACUGGAGCACUACAGAACCAUCUAUGUACAAGAGAAUGGCCCUCAGCUCUCUGUGGUGACGGAGCAGUCCAAGGUGGUGUCGAGGCGGGGGGGUAAUGCCACCCUGCCCUGUAAAUUCCACAGGGAUGCGUCACUGCCGGCCAACCCCAAACUGAGGAUCAAAUGGACUAAGCUGACCUCAGACUACCUCAAAGAGGUGGAUGUCUUCGUUGCCAUGGGUUUCCACAAGCGGAGCUACGGACGUUUCCACGGGCGCGUCUACCUACAGGACUCGGCCCCCACAGAUGCGUCGUUGGUCAUCACAGAACUCACACUGGAGGAUUAUGGGAGAUAUAAGUGUGAGGUCAUCGACGGGUUGGAAGAUGGAACAGGCGUGGUGUCCCUGGACCUGCAAGGUAUCGUCUACCCAUACUUCCCUCGGCUUGGUCGUUACAACCUGAACUUCUUUGAUGCCGAGCGGGCGUGUCGCGAGCAGGACUCCAUCGUGGCGUCGUUUGACCAGCUGUACGAGGCGUGGCGUGGGGGGUUAGACUGGUGCAACGCUGGUUGGCUGAGUGACGGAUCCGUCCAGUACCCCAUCACCACCCCCAGGGAGCCCUGUGGGGGCAAGAACACUGUCCCCGGGGUACGCAACUACGGCCUCAGAGACAAGGAGAAGAACAGAUACGACGUGUUCUGUUUCACCUCCAACUACAAAGGGCGGUUCUACUACCUGAUCCACCCCUCCAAGCUUACAUAUGACGAGGCUGUGGUUGCGUGUCAGAAGGACGGAGCUCAGAUUGCCAAGGUGGGCCAGAUGUAUGCCGCCUGGAAGCUAUUGGGCUACGACCGCUGUGACGCCGGCUGGUUGGCUGACGGGAGCGUCCGUUACCCCAUCACCCGCCCCCGUAGGCGCUGCAGCCCAACGGAAGCUGCCGUGAGGUUCAACGGUUACCCCGACAAGAAACACAAGCUGUACGGAGUCUACUGCUUCAAGGGCCACAACUGAGAACCCCAAUACGCUCACACACACACACUCACACACACUAGAGAAGCUAAUACAUUUACAGAGAGUAGGAUGGAGAGGGAGACGGGAAGAGGAGUUAAGAGAGAGGGAGGUCAUAUAGGGGAAGUUACUGAUAUAAAACAAUGUAAAGAAAACAUUCAAACUGUGAUAUUUUCUUUUUAGAUACAGUAAAACGAGAGGUGUGAGAGUCAUUUUAGCAAACCAUGUUUUUUUUGUAAUCUGGGACCUGAUAGUGUAUGGGGGGAUAUGUUCUUUAAUCGGUUAUUUCUACGUAGGAACAGAAAGGGAGGAUGGAUUUGGGGAAAGGGUUGGUGGGAGGGAAGGGAAGGGAGGGAGAGGGAGGGAAUGGUGAUGGAGAAACAGAUGAUGUAGAAACAGAUGAUGUCACAUUGUCCCAAAGUGACAUUGUAAGUGGACGAGGCAUACCAUAGCUUGAAGGAAGUCCUUGGACAGAGAACAACCUAGUAAAGUGUCUGACAACUGAACUGACACCUUUGGGCACUUACCUUUUCUGUUCAAUUAAACCCAGGACAACAAAAGAGCAACAAUGUUCACACAAACACAAAAAGCAAAGAUAGCGUAGCUCAAGCUAUUAUUAUUAUGUUAUAGAAUGCAACUACAGCACAAUGAAAAUCCAGUCUGCUGUCCAUCUUUGCAGGGUGCUACAACAGUGUCAUGUACUUCACCAUCAUUUUGACUAGUUUAUUUAAUAAUGUGUGUGGACCAAACAUCAUUCUCAUCAUAGAAAUGGAUAAAAAAAAAAAG